CGAUGUCUAAAAGUCGUCAUGACAUCGAUAAGGACACGGUUGUGGCCUAUCACGACUUCAUUCAAGGACAGAUUAAAGGUGAGCUGAAUGGCGUGAAUCUGGGCCCCGGACGGCCCUGCUGCCUGAUGGCGGGGGUACUGUUUGUAGUCGGGCUGGCAAUGGGCAUCGUUGGUAUUCUGGUGGUGACUCUGAGGACGCGGCACGUCUACCUGUGGGACUGGAACGAUCAAUUUUUAGGACCCGCCUUCAUCGUCAUUAUGUUGCUGUGUGUUGGACUGGCGGUGUUUCUGGUAGUGGAAGGCAAACGAAGGGCCAACGCCUACAGGAGGGAUUUAGUGUUUCGACCAAUUGGUGACUAUGGUGUAGCCGUUGUCCACAAAAGUAGACUGAAUUAUGAAGAGAAAACAAGAGACAACCUGAAAUCAGGAACAACACCUCAUCAACCUGUUCAACCCAAACCCUAUCAGCCAAUUACGUAUGAUCAUGAGGGUCGUCCCAAAAAAGCUGGCUAUGAGAAUCGGGCAUAUGGAGAUGCUGAUCCUAGGGGACCACCUCCUCGGUAUGAAGAGAGAGGUCGACAUCCUGAUGAUCGAAGACCAAGAGGCCCUGACAGGCGAGGUCCAGAUGACAGACGAGGUCCAGAUGACAGGCGCAGACCUCCUGGUGAUCGACCAAGGGGACCACCGGAUGACAGGACUAGACCUGAUCGUCCUCGCAUGCCCCACCCUAAUCGUCGUCCCCCUGGUGGACCAGAUGAUCGCCCAAGGAGACCUCCUGGUGGACCUGAUGAUCGACGAAGAGGACCACCAGGAGAUAGAAGGAGAGGACCUCCAGGGCCAGAUGAUAGGCGGCGCCCACCAGGACCCCCAGGGGAUAGAUAUCGGGAUGACAGAAGGCGAAUGGAGGAUGAUAGAAGAAGGGAGGAGAAGAGAAGGGAGGCUGAGGGUGAACCACGUAGAGAAGUACAACCACCAGGUGGGGAUGACACUACCCGUGUUUUGCUCAACAGAGAUGAUGGUCCACACACAACAGAGUCAGAGUUUUAAAACCCAGUGGUCAAGGACGAAAAUUACA